UUUUUUUUAAAAUUGGGUUUCAUUAGAUUAUUUAAUUUUAUCUUGGCAACCAAACGAGGCCUUAAACUUGUUUAUUAGCCAAAGACUUCUUUCUGGCUUAUAUUUAAUUAUGAAUUGGUUUAUGUCUUAAUCGUUGCUCGCUGUUUUGUUGGAUUCACUUGUUAUGUUGUUUGUCAUGCGCAUAAAUUUUCUGCUUUCAUCAUAUUAUUCAGUCAACAUUAUAGAGUAUGCGUUGUUUCUUCGAUUUAUGUGGCUCUCGUUUCUGUUUUGAGGUUUCCUAUGUCGUAGUCUCUUUCGGUGGCUGUAAAUCUUUUUAAAAACAAACAGUUUCGAUUUGAAAGCAUCAAAUGCCUAAUUAGGACAUGAAUAUUUAACUUGCCAUCCUCGAUAGUUUUACUUUAUAAAUACCACAUUUCUUCGGUUUUAACAGAUAUGGCAGAUGCAAUCAAUACUGAAGUCGUGGCGGAGGCUUUCAUCAUGCAGUAUUAUGCAAUCCUCCAUCAGUCUCCCGACAAUGUGCACAAGUUUUACCAGGAGGAAAGCGUACUAAGCUGGCCGUCGUCCGACGGUGCUGUGACACCUGUCACAACUUUUUCCGGGAUUCAGGAAAAGAUCAUGUCCUCCGAUUGCAAGGGUUGCUCCGCCGAGGUCAAAACGGUCGAUUCACAAGAUUCUGUCGAUGGGGGAAUCAUCGUGGCAGUAACUGGCUCUCUGAACAGGGCCGAUGAUUCGAAAACAAGCUUCAGCCAAACCUUCUUCUUGGCCAAAAUCGAGACUGGGUUCUUCGUGUUGAACGAUAUUCUUCGGUUUUUCAACCAUGCUCCUUCAGUGGAGAGUGCCGCCUGUGUCGAAAAUGGAAAAGUCGAAGAAGUGGUUAUUCCUGUCUCGAAAGACACUGUCGGAAAAGAUGCUCCGAAAAGUGAAAAAGCUCCUUCUGUUGCUGCACCUGCUUCUACUACUACCCCCAAGAUUUCCUAUGCUUCGAUGGUGGCGAAAGAGGCUCGUCCAGUUUCUCCUAAAAAAGCUGUAACAGUUGCUUCAACCGUUAAUAACAAGCAACAAGUUGAUGGUGGACUAAAGGUAGCAUCGACUCCUAGCGGUGAUGUGCCUAAAGCACCAGCUCCGUCGAACAAACCUAAUCCUAAAUCACCACCACCGCAGCCACGUGGCAACUAUGUACCCAACACUGGUGCUUAUCCCGAAGGUAGAGGGAUAUACAUAGGACGAUUGCCUUACGACAUCACUAAAGAAGGAGUUGUCGAAGUUGUCAAGCAAUUUGGGCCGGUUAGACGAAAUGCCGAGACUGUCCAGAUUAGGAGGCAUGAGGAUGGUUUUUGUUGUGGUUUUGUGGAAUUCGAAUCUGCGGAUUCUGCACGUCGUGCAGUGGAGGCUCAUCACAUUAAAUUUGGCGAUAAAGAAGCCUACAUUACUUACAAAAGGUCUUCGGCUCGUGGUAAUAAUAACAAUAAUAACAAUGCUGGUAGAGCAAGGUCUCCAACAAGGGCUACUGGUGGUUUAAGUAACGGGGGCCAAAACGGGGGUGAUCAGAAUAAGGGGGGCCAAGUGAGGGAUCCUCGCCAGAGAAAGUCUCCGGUUGGCGGCAGAAGGUGGCAGAGCCGAGAUCGCUCGGAUUGAUCAUCUAAAUAUGCUGCCCUGCCUGCAUUAACAUUAAUCAAUUACCUGAGGAAUUAUAUUUUUUUUGCCUGUGUUGAAAACACAUUUUUUUUAGCUGAAUUGAGUCGGCCCAUUAAAACUUUUUUUUUUUUUUUUUUUUUUUUAUUAAUUUUUUUUGUUUUCAUCAAUUUGAUGGUGACUUAAGAUUUAGGUUAAAUGAAAUUUACCUCCUUGUUAUUUUUUAAUUAUGAGUUCUACUUCCCUCA